UUGGAAUUGGCAACCUGGAAUAAUCACAUCGGUCCAGCUAUGUCUCUCAGCUGAGCAGUCAAGGAAAUGGAAGAAGCUGCUGAGCAAUUCGAGAAACAUUUCGAAGAGCAGCUAGAUGCAGAAGACGAUAAUCUGUGUUCAACACCUGGAACAAGAAACAGAAGUCAGCACGCUGAAGGAGAAAGUUCGGCAAACAAUUCCGAUAUCGAAGGAGGAACACCCAUUCAAGGAAGUGCGCAUCUAGAUGAGGAUGAAGAUGAAUCUUCGACAGGUAAAUUGUAUGUUGAAGCAGAGUCCUUCAGAGAUGCUGAUAAUACACAAAAACUACAAGAAUCUUUGAACAAGCAGACACAUAUGGAGCCACCUCCCGCGUCGCUUGACCGCAGUGAAGCUGAUGAUGACUUGAUAACUAAUAGCUCCAAGCCUGGUACAUCAGCCGAACAAAAUGAGCCACAGCAGACAACAGGAAGACCAGACGUCGAGUCAGAUGAUUUCAAAUACGGCCACGGCGCCGUAGUGGUAAAUAAGAACGAGUCCUCCAGCUUGGCAGGUCGUGCGGUUCUAGCGGAGAAAUACGAAUCCAGGAAUCCGACUGCGUCAUAUGCAUUAGAUAAGACACAUUCCCUCACUGUGCAAGUGGUGUCUGAUAAUGGAGUGAAAAUGGAGUUUUACGGUGUACCAAAGAAGUACUAUGCUUCCGAAGUCAGCGUACUUGUGGUUCGAGAUACGGCAAUAAGAUAUGGCGAGUUUCAGCUACUUCAUAACAAUGAAACCGUUGGUCAUCUGACCCCAUUGGAAGAGCUGGUUGACACUGACGGGGUCGUGCGGUUCACAAUGACGUUUACAAAAAUCGAGAAUGGACGGAAAAUACGCCUUGGAAAUCGCGAGAUCACAUUUCAGUCAGGACUCGUCAUAAAAGUUUCCUGCAAGAAGGCAUUUGUUACAAACGAACAGUACACACUUCAAGACACACUGGAGAUAAAGCAAUUCAAGGACGAGGAAACUCCAAAGGAGGUAGAGAUAAACUGGCUUCCCGCUUCACAUCACAAACCAUUUUUAGGGGGAUAUCGUCACAAGCUGACAGAUACCAGGUAUCAUCAUGCAUCUGCACAAACGAGGCCACUACCAAGACGUCCAACAGGAAUCCCCAUUUUUUCACGUCAGACACAAACAUACAGAAUGAAGCACUUCGGUCAAUCCACGGUGAAUAAUAUGUCAACACAGUUCUCGAAACCAGGGUUCUACGUUUCAAAUGCCAAAGAUGUUGUGAGGAUCCCGGGGACGUACGAAACUGCAGAGGAGUACUUGGAACGCAGGUUAAGGGAUAUAAUUAUCAUCCAAAAGUACACUCGGCGCUGGUUGGCCAAAAGACGUGUGAACGAACUGAGACGUCUACGAGACCAAUACCUCGACUGGGAACGCCAACACGAACAGGAGCUUAAGGAAAACAAACUCGUGCAAAUCAAGUUUGAUUUUGAAAGGCGGUUGCAUCCGAAGACCAAGGCAGAUUUUGACAGACUAUUUAACGCAUUGGAACAAUGGAAACAGGAAGAAGUGUCAAAAAUAAAUGCCAAAUCGUUGACGGUCGCAGAAAGAAAGGCAGCACUCGCCCUUCUGCUAGAUGAAGAAUCCGAAUUGAUUGCAGCCAUUGGAAGGCAUCAACUGUGUGUCUCCGAGAGACAAAAUCUACGCGGUCAAAUGAAUGAAAUGCGAAAAGCAGCAGCUCCGAUUCGAUGGACGUCGGCCAUCAAUGGUCGCGCUCUAGAAGUCGAUACACCGCAAACCUUGAAGGCAAGGGAGUUACUGGAUAUCGUUACAUCACUCAGACUCGAGGAUUUAAGGGACGAGGAGAGGUUAGAUAUACUGUUAACGACCAAAAAAAUCGUAACACAAUACCAGAUCAAAGUUUGUAAAGAUUUGGUAAAGUUGAUUGAUCGCGAGGCAGAGUUAAUUGUUAGAGGUGUACGACCUGAACAACUGAGAGGUCUAAGAGAGCGGAUCACUAAUCAAUUCGUGAAGUUUGCCCAAAUGCCAGAAGUCAAUCCGGAAAUCGCGAAUUAUAUCAAGGUGCCCACAGGAGCGAGGGAGAAAAUAGCUGAAUCACUGAAGGGAGAUGUUCACCACUGUUUAGCCUGCGACCGAUACCUGAGAAACAGCGCAUUUCCACUCAGUGCCAGAGCAAACCGACUGACACCGUGUCUUUCAUGUCGCAGAGAGGACAAUCGAGCUCGGAAAAGAGUAGACAUGGAUCCGUACCAAAGAAUGUUGGUCGACCUGAGGAAGAGGGAGUUCGAGCUGAUAGAAAGAGCCAGGCAAAAAGAAUACCAAGACAACAAAGAAGCCGAGCUAGUUCGUUUAGAGAAUGGGGAACGCCCUCAACCAGAGACCUUGAUCAAAACGGAUGGCACGGACGAAAAAGCCCUGAACAGUAAUCCGUUCCCAUUCCUUGUGGAUAAGAGGGAUAUACAGUUUCUUGUGGAUGAUGUGUGGGAGCGCCGUUCUAUUUUGUCCGGCUGGUUAGAUAUAAGCGACUUGGUCCUGACACGAUGGCGCUUGAAUGAACCGUGGGCACCCUGGAACAUGAUAGUGGUCACCAGAGAAGAAGCUGAGGCCCAUGAAGAACUCGGCAAUUUCCCAUUAGAGUUGGCUUAUGCGGAUGCCAUGUUGAACACUGUCAACCAACGACUGGUCAUGGGUAGAAACGCGUUUACCCGUUUAAGAAAGAAUGGCAUUCAAAUGGCCUACGACCAGAUACUGAAGGCACGUUUGAUGCAGCAACCGGAGAACUCGGCAGAGUGGCUUCGUGAGAAGCGACAAAGACUACCACCCUUAGCGAAGCAUCAUUAUCUGCUCGAGCCAUCAGAAGAACGCCAUAGACCUGUCUACCAGCCCCCGGAAUAUAUGCUUCCAGCAAUCAGGGGCGAAAAGACUUUGGAGGAAGUACAGUCAACCAAACAGUAGACUACCGAGGAAGAUCGACAAGAUUUUCUCAAACAAAUAUUGAACAAAAUGCCUUCUCAUCCAAAUGUAUCAUACAGAGGAAAUUGUCACAACUCAUGGAGAAUAACGUCAUCAUAUUUUG